UUUGUCCACCUGAAAAUAAGCCGAACUUAUUGCUUUUCUGGUAAUGUAGGGUGCUUGGAAUUCACCAUGAGUCUUAGCCCAGUAAGAAAAGCCUCAUGUUCUGUUAAAGUUAUCUUUCUUUUCAUGUCCUAUUACUGCUGACGGAAUUUGGCUGGGAAGAUGGAUAGCCUAGAAAGUUACCAGUUAGCAUUAGGCAGUAACUUUACCUUCAAUGAUACAGCUCUAAUUGAUUCCGAGAUCAACGAGAACCUGUACAAACAAACAAUAACUUAUUACAUGAUGGGCGUGGCAGGCAUGACCCUCUGCUGCCUAGGAAUCAUUGGGAACAUCCUCUCAGUGAUUGUCCUUACUCGGAAGACCAUGCGUACCUCGACUUAUUCGUACCUGUGUGCCCUGGCGGCAUGUGACACUUUAGUGCUGUUCUGUACUAUGCUUUUGCUAACAAAGGACACCCAUAAGCCCACACUGGAAGCCAUGACAGCACCAAAUAGUAAAUGGUAUGUCUACAUGUUCCCUGUCAUCCACCCUGCAGCUGUUUCCUUCCAAGUGACAUCCAUUUGGCUGACCCUGGCUUUCACUGUGGAUCGUUAUAUCAUGAUUUGCCAUCCUUUUAAGGCAGAGAGAAUGUGCAAUGUCACUCGGGCCCGAAUGGUUAUUGUAGGGCUGUAUAUUGCCGGCCUGAUAUUUAACAUUCCACGUUUUCUGGAAUACCGUACAAAAGUGGAUGAAUUCAUGGCACUUAAUCAAACUACUGUAUACUACAAUUUGGACUUCACUGAAAUUGGCAAAGAGAGCUUAUUUAAGGAAAUUGUACACUCCUGGAUGUACCUAACCUGUGUGUGUGGAAUACCAUUUCUGUCAUUGGCUGUUUUGAACACAUUCUUAAUCAGAGCUGUGCAUUUGUCAAGAAAGAAAGGUCGUGAGAUUAAUGCUGUGGAAAGGAGAAGAAACGAUACAACUGUGAUGUUAAUUGGUGUUGUCCUUGUAUUUUUUGUGUGCCAAGUUCCGGCACUCAUUGGAAGGAUGAUUUGGGCCUUUGAUGCUACAGCCCCAAGUACCAAAGAGUACUAUAUACUGAAUGAGGUGGGCAAUCUUUUAGUCCUGCUCAAUUCUGCUAUCAAUAUUGUGCCAUAUUAUUUCUUUGGAAAUAAGUUCCGUAAAGAGUUUGGACAGCUGUUUUGCUGGUGUUUUAUGUCAAAGAACAACCCAAUUGUUAGACGACUGAGUCUGUCUUUCGAGUACCAGAAAGAUCUACGUGGUUCCAAAAACAGCCAAAAACGUUUAGAGCUGAAACAGCUGAAUCGCUGUAAGCCUAAUGUAAACUGCAGCCACGCAAGGACCAGUGUAGAUAUGCCGCUGAUAACCAGUCAUAACAAUGGCUGUCUGGCUGGAAAUGAUGGUAACCCCAUGACUAUAUCCGAGUGCAAUGGUAACUGUAGAUGGCUGGAGAAUGGACAGAUGCAAGCUCUUACAAUGCAUGGUGCACAUCGUUCAGACAGUGAUGGCAGUAACUUUCAAGACCCAAACUACUGUGCACUGUUGUGUGUUAAAUUUCAGAAAAAUGCAACACAACUAUGAACACUUUACUAUGACGUAUUAGUGUAAAGCUUAAUGUUUUAGUAUUCAUAUUUAUUACUUUCAUCAGUUUUCAGUUCUGUAGCUUCGAGUGACUAAAUCAGAAAAAAAAAAAAAACAGAACAAAAAGUUGGCAAAGUAAUCCAUUGGUCUGACACAUAAGAAACCGUAUCGAGCCAUUUUCAGUUCAGUUGUGGUCAACACGCUAUCACCCUACACCAGUCGUGACACGAUGGAUUUUUAGUUGACUUCAGUUGUCUUCACGGCAUGUUCGGCAGGAGUGACCACACAGAACUGACACAUUAAUAUAAACUGUGCACCGGCCGAUGUUAUGGCAAGUCGGACAAAUCGUUCCAGAGGUAGUAGACCUCUGAACGCGUGUUCAUUUUUGUAAAUUACUGUAUUAAUAUUUGAAAUGGUCAAGACAAAAUCGUGCGAUUGAUGUAUUUGAUUCAAACUUACACCCAAUGUAGGUGUAGUAAUAAAUAUGGAGGAUUGUAAAAUUUAUGACUUGUCUGCAUUCAAAAACUUCCUUCCAUAGUCGAAAGCCACCUGACAAAUGAAGCCAUUUCAUUUAAUGCUAAUGCUAUUUCUGGGGUCAAAACUAGCAAGGUUUUGACACCCUCGCCCCUGUAUGCAUUUUUUCCCCCUCCAAAACAUAUAAAAUAUAUUAUGUUAUAAAGAAGUGUAAAAAGUAGAUAGUCCCCUAUGUGGUCUUGAUACCCAACUUUCUAUAAUGUAAGCCUAUACAUAUCUUUAAAACUAGUAAGUUAUUAAAAGUGUAAUCUGCAAAAAAAUAAGGCAGAAAACUGUGAACUCGAAGAAAAAUUUAGAAAUCACAAGUAAGGAGUCAAUGAUACAAAAGACCUUUAUUUUGUCCUUGCUGGGCCUAUAUAACCUUUUUAUCAAGAUGCAUGAGUGAAUUUUUUUUCUUGUUUUGCGUUUGCUGUAUUGCGAAAAAUAAAAUAUUCACAAAUUUAUGGAACACUUUAUGCAGAUAAAUCUCAAAUGAUCCUUAAUUGUGACCAUUUUAACUUGUUUCCAUUGUGUAUGGCAUUUUGAGAAAACUAAUAUACAGAGGUGAAUUUUUUUAACACAAAACUUUAAUUUAUUUAUUUAUUUAUUUGAUUGGUGUUUUACACCGUACUCAAGAAUAUUUCACUUAUACGGCGGCGGCCAGCAUUAUGGUGGGAGGAAACCGGGCAAAGCCCGGGAGAAACCCACGACCAUCCGCAGGUUGUUGGCAGACCUUCUCACUUACGGUCGGAGAGGAAGCCAGCAUGAGCUGGACUUUAACUCACAGCGGCCGCAUUGGUGAGAGACUCCUGGGUCAUUACGCUGUGCUAGCGCACUAACCAACUGAGCCACGGAGGCCCCUCAUGAAACUUUAAAACAUUGGUUUUGAGUGUGUACGUGAGCACGUGCUGGUGGUGUCUUUCAGCUUACUUGCACACUUCUUUGAUAACAUGAGAGAGGCAAGAUAGUUAAGGAACUGAAAUACUAACGCAAAUUUUUUCUCUGAUUAUUUAAUUAAAGUAUCUCAGGAAAAGCCACUCUGGCUAAAGCACAACCUAGGUACUUAGCCUCAGUUAAUCCAUAUUAUAAGCGGAUGCCUAGUCUGCAAUCAUCUCGCAGUAACAAUUCCUAUCCACGUGUUGCUUCUGCUGACAGACCGGAACUAUUUUCAGUUUGAAUGAACUGCAUGGAGUCUAGCCGAUUUUCACGGCAGCAGAUCAUGCUGGGCUGCACUAUG